GGACAAGCCUGAGCAGUGGUCAUUGUCUAUGUAGACUUUAGCAAUACCACUGACAAGGUCCUGCAUGGUAGGACAAUCUGGUAGACUGAUCAUAUGGAAUCCAAGUUAAGAUAACCAAUUGGCUUGGAGGAAGGAGUCAAAGGGUAGCUGUGGAGAGGUUUUUUUUUGAGUGCAUGCCUGUCACCACUGGAGUGCAGCAAGGGUUGAUGUUGGGUCCACUGCUGUUUGUAAUAUGCAUUAACUAUUUGGAUGACAAUGUAAUUAACAUUGUUAGUAAAUUUGCAGAUUAUACCAAAAUUGGUGGUAUUGUGGACAGUAAGGAAAAUAUAAAUUUACAACAAGAUUUAGAUCAGUUGGGAAAGUGUCCAAGUGCAAUUUAACUUUGACAAGUGUGAGCUAUUGCACUUUGGUAUGUCAAACUCGUGCAGAACUUGCAUUGUAAAUGGUAGAUGAACAGGUUAAUGAACAGAGAGAUCUGAGAGUAAAGGUGCAUGGUUCCCUACAAGGGGCGGGUCAGGUGGACAGUGCGGUGAAGAAGAUAUUUGGCACACUAGCCUUUAUUGGGAAGGGUAUAGAGUACCAAAGUUGGCGCAACAUGAUGUAGCUGUAUAUGUUGUUGGUGAGACCACUCUUGGAGUACUGCGUAGAGUUCUAAUUGCCCAGCUAUAAGACGGAUCUCAUUAAGUUGGAAAGGGUGCGGAAGAGAUUCACUAAGGCCUUGCCUGGGAUUGCAGGCUGGAGUUAUAGGGAGAGGUUGGGUACGCUGGGACAUUUUUCUUUGGAGUACAGGACGCUGAACAACAAUCGUAUUGAGAUGACCAAGACACGAGGGCCAAGGAUAAAGUGAAUGCUCAUUUUCCCCAGGGUUUAGAAUUCUAAAACUACAGGUUAUGGGCUUAAGGUAAGAGGGGAGAGAAUUAAGAGGAACUGCAGGGACAUUUUUAUCAUUCAGAGGGUAGUCCAGUUCUGGAAAGAGCUGCCAGAGGAAGCUACAAGAGAAUGUACAAUUACGAAUUGUAAAAUACAUUUGGACUGAUUAUUUGAUAGGAAAGGGUUAGAGGCCUAUGAGGGAAAUGCAGGCGCAAGGGACGACUCCAGUAUGCCAGCUUGGUCAGUAUGGACAAGAUGGGCUGAAGAGCAUGUUUUCAUGCUGAAUAGUUGUAUGACAGUGCUGAAAAAGUGUAUUAUCAACCCAAAAAUAUCGUAACCUACAUCGCACACACAAAUACACAGGUACUUUGCUUGACCAUCCGGAUAUUCUCAGAAACAAAAUCACAUGAGAACUAAUAGAGGUCAUUGUAGAAUUAUAUACAAAUGCAUUAUUGAAAGGCUACUGCACUGCAAAUCUGAUUUCCUUUUUGCUGUCUGGUAUUGUGUCAGGUACCUGGUUGAAGGCUCAGACCACUGCUGCCACUUCCUCAACAAUAAAAUACCAUUACAUGGCUUGGUGCUGGGUGAGCAAAAGGCCAUGUACAGAGGUGACUAGUGAGGGUUGGUGAGUGCAGACUGAAGUGAGCACUGAGCUGUAGGCUCAGGGCUGUGUUCUGGCCAGCAUGGAGUGUGCGGGCAUUGCUCAGGCUUAGCACAACCUCUCCAGUCAUUGCUACUUGCCCAGAUCCCACAGUGCCACUCAUCACCUCCUGUUGGAUAGCAUACAAGGUACCAACUUCCCCUCCUUUUUUUCUCUGCGGCGCAGUUUUCACCAUGAGCUUGUUGUUACGGAGAAACGUCUGUGCUGGAGCAAGCUAGUUGAGCAAACUAAGAGGGUUAGAAAUAACUUCCUUCACAUUAAAUAGGAAGCAAGGAGAGAGGCGAUGUGGUAUAGGCAGCCUCUCAAUGCAUGGAGAAGCCACUACCAGUUCUCAGCAAUGGCCUGCAGUCAGAUGCCAACCAGUAUGCAGGCCUAAGCAUUGUCCCAGUUUUUAGUUAAAUGUUUGUAAUGAAGAAGAAGAAAAAUAAUACAUGCAGGUGGAGGCCAUUCUGCCUCUUACUCCUCCCGCUCCAACACUAAACAAAACCAUGCUGACCUUUUUGAUUUAAAGCUCCUUUCCAGCAUUAACAAUAUCCCUCGAUUCCCUUAAUACCCAAAAAGCUCUCGAUCUUCAAAAAUACGAUUGAGUGUUUUUUGGAUAAUGAGGGAAUUAACGACUGCAGGGAAGUGGCUUCAAGGAUUACAAUAAAUGACUGAGCAUCCACAUCCUUGUUGAUAAAAUUCUAAAGAUUGACAGCGCUGUGGUUCAAGAAAUUUCUCAUCUCUCUCUGAAAUGAUCAUCCCCUGAAUUGGAGGCUGUGACUCAUUGUUCUAAGCAUCCAAAUUAAGGAACAAAACCGGCUCCACACAUUUCUAAGAGCACAGGCCAAGUUUUCCUAAAUUUUACCUCAGACAAUAAACUCGAAAACCCAGUAAUAAUCCUGGUAAAUCUUCACUGUCCUCUCUCUAUUGUAACUAUAUCCUUCCUUGAAAGCUAGAUUUAUGCACAAAUUUUCAAUUCAAAUGAAUGUGUUUACUGAUCCUGUGCAACUGCAGAAGGUACACCUUCUGUUCUUAUACCUCUUUCCUUCCACCAUUGAGGUAGCCAAACGUAUAGUUUAGUGCUCUGGAUUUGGUGCUCACAACGUAGUCCCCUCUAUAUUGGACAAACCAAGCUCAGAUUGGGUGACCGCUUUGUGGAACAGUCUGCAAGGAUGACUCGGAGCUCCCGCUUACCUUUUGCAUUAAUUUUCCACCCAACUCUCAUGUCUAUAACCUCCUGCAAUAUGAAUAACAAAGUGCAAACAUAGGCAGGAAAGAUAGCACUUCAUCGGCUGUCUAGACACGAUACAGCCUUCCAGGCUCAAUUUCAAAAACCUAACUUUAUUCGUCUGAAUCAGAACUAGCAAACAAACAUUUCUGCUGCAGAUCAUCCAUCUGCGAUAUUGACUCAGUUUUCUUCUCUCCAUUAUCACAGCGUGACCUACUCAACACAUCCUCCAUGUUUGCAAUUCAUGUUUGUAUUCUCUCUAACUGUCCUCAAAGAGGAGCUUAUGUUCUUUUUUUUCUCUCUCCUCGUCUCCUUUUCCUUAUUGGCCAGAUGGAUUCUAUAAUUCAUCACAGUCACAGAUAUUUAUGUUAUCCUCUCCAUCUUUACCCCUCCUUCACUGUAAUUUAAAAAUAACAUCUUUUUCAAUUCCUACUUUUGACAAUCUGAAACGUUAACUCAGUUUUUGUUUCCAUAAAUACUGCUUGACCUACUUCACGUUUCAAGCAUAUUUUUUUAAAUUAGUGAUCCAGUGCCUGGACUCACCUGAUAUGAGAUCUAAGUGCAAAUUACCCAAAGCUCAUGUUGAGAAAUUCUGGUAUUGCCCUACUCUAGCUCUGCAUUCAUCUAAUGCUCAGUAGCACAAUGUGGCCUGGAGAUCACUUGAACAUAGAAUUUUCACAUUUACGCAAGGGUCAUGCAUGUAUAACAAAUGCAGCAAAUGUAUAGCAGACAGAAAUUACCGAGCAAAACUGACCAAAAAACUAAUUAUUAAUGUGAUUUUGCAAUAAAGUUGAUGAAGUUGCAUGUGUACAGUCAAAACACAGGAAAGAGGAAAUAUAUUUUGUGAUUUGUUAUUUGCUAGUAAAAACACAGCAGAACUUAAUGCUCUUGUUUACACUUACAGGACUGAUCAUCUAUAAAUAAUCCCCUUUCCAUUUUAUGAGUCGCCAUGCAAUCAGAAAUGAAUCUGACGGUUCACGAUGUGACACAUCAUAUUGAUGACAAUGCAGAUUGGACUCUUGACUACCCAACAAGUUUUCAGGCAACUCUUACGGGAUUUUUGAUACUGGAAAUUGUGUUGGGACUCAGCAGCAACUUGACAGUACUGGGACUUUACUGCAUGAAGUCAAACCUGAUUAAUUCAGUCAGUAACAUUAUCACCAUGAACUUGCAUAUACUAGAUGCUGUUAUAUGUGUUGGAUGCAUUCCCCUUACAGUGAUUGUCACUCUCCUUUCACUGGAGAAAGAAGCUUUGAUUUGCAAUUUUCAUGAAGCCUGCAUUUCUUUUACUGGUGUAGCAACAGCAGCAAAUGUCCUUGCAAUCACUUUGGAUCGUUAUGACAUUUCAGUUAAGCCAGCCAAUCGGAUUUUGACGAUGGGAAGAGCAAUAAUGUUACUAACAUCGGUGUGGAUUGCAUCCUUUUCUGCAUUUACAAUUCCUUUCAUUGAAGUCAAUUUCUUUAGUCUACAAGGCAAUCAAAGCAUCUGGAGGAAUAAAACAAUCUUAUGCUAUGGUGUAGAUGAAUAUCAGAAUGAACUGGGAAUAUAUUACCAUCUCUUAAUUCAGAUUCCUAUUUUUUCCUUCACGGUUAUUGUAAUGUUGAUAACCUACAGCAAAAUACUUCAAGCCUUGAACAUCAAAAUAGGUUCACGAUUUUCGACCAGGCAGAACAAAAGAAAAAGAAAAAAGACCAUUCCGCUAACUAUACAACAACAAAAUACUGAUCAAUCAGAAAAUAGCAGAAGACCAAACAUAAAACUUGGAGUAAGAACUUCAGUGUCUGUAAUAAUUGCUCUAAGAAGAGUUGUUAAGCAGCAUCGAGAAAGGCGGGAACGACAAAAAAGGGUUUUUCGAAUGUCACUUUUAAUUAUUUCAUCAUUUCUCAUUUGUUGGACACCAUUAUCAAUUUUAAAUACUAUUAUAAUAUACAAAGGUUUAAGUGAGGGCAUGGUAAAAUUAAGACUAUGCUUUGUAAUCUUGGCAUACGGAACAACUAUAUUCCAUCCUUUACUCUAUGCAUUUGCAAGACAGAAAUUCCAAAAGGUCCUCAGGAGUAAAAUGAAAAAGAGAGUGGUCUCAGUUGUUGAGGCUGAUCUGUCCCCCAACAAUGCAGUAAUUCACAACCCCUAUUUAAAUCCCAAAAAGAACAAAAAAUAAAUUUUCAAUAAAAAUGAAUGAUCAAAAUUGCUUGCUUCAGAUAUUUAAAAUAUAAAUAUCAACCAACUGGUUUUUAGCAGAUUACGAAAAAGUAAACUGCUUUAGUUAGAAAAAAUCUGCAAAGUGACAUAACAGCCUACCAUGACCCACUGAUAAAGUGCCACGGUUUUCUGAAAAUCAAGUAACAGUACUUCUGAAUUGUAAAUAUUACCCAAUUAUAAAUGCCCAUCAUGUAUCUGUCAUAAUGUUGUAAAGCUAACUGAUUAUUUCAGUUAACUUAUUUUUCCCGACUAUCUAAAAUAGUGCAUGCCAUUAUGAAUUAUACCAUUUAGACGUCAUCGUGAUUCAAUUUCAAUUAUACCGUGAAAAAAAAUAGCAUAGGCUUGUGAAUAAUAUAGCCUAGCAAGUAGAUUGAUUCAAAGCAAGUAAACAUAAAAAAGCAAAGAAUAAUUUGAAAAAGAAUGCCCCAGGCAGCACAACAGUGCAGCUGGUGGAACUGUAACCUCAAAAUGUCAGAAACCUGGGAUCAAUCCAGAUGUCAGGUGCUAUGUGUGUGCGCAUGUUCUCCAUGUGAUCUCAGAUUUCUUCCCAAAUCCCAAAGGCAUGCAGGUUGGUACGUCAACCGGCCCUUAUAAGUUGCAAGAUUGAGAGUGGUAGAAUCUGUGGGGACCUAAUGAGAAUGUGGGCUAAAUAAAAUGGAAUGAAUGAUUUGCGCAGACUCAAGAGAUGCAGCAUUGAAACAAGCCCUUCAGCCCAGUUUGUUGUCACGUGUACCGAUAUACAGUGAAAAGAUUUUUGUUGCGUGCUAACCAGUCAGCAGAAAGGCAAUACACGAUUACAAUCAAUCCAUUUACAGUAUAUAGAUACAUGAUAAGAGAAUAAUGUUUAGCACAAGGUAAAGCCACCAGUCCGGUCAAGGAUAGUCUGAGCGACAUCAAAGAGAUAGAUAGUAGUUCAGCACUAUGACUUAGGCUCAACAGAACUUAUUUUAUGAACCAUUAUACUUAUUAAUAACCUUGCUUUCAUGUUGGAAGAUUAUACGAUGAAGUCUUAUUACUCUGCAUUGCUGAGAUGAAUGUAAAAGAUAACUAUCACUCUUUUAAAGGGCAAAUUGUUCUUUAUUAUCCUGGCUUUUGUAACUUCAGUAAUAAAACACAAUUUAAAUGUCACUCUUUUUGAUACAGUUUCCUCGAUCUGUGAUGUUUCGUUGCAUACAAGGAAAUGUAUUUCAUAACUUACAAGUACAUUUUUGAAAUAUUAUGAGAACAUAUGGGACAUAAAACAUUCAAGGACAGAUGAAAAGGAGUGAGAGGGAUUCUAUCGUGCUUACGAAUCUGAUUUGAGUUUUUGAAGUAACCAAAAGAGUUGAGAGCAAAGUCGUAGAUGAUGUUGUUUUUCGGACUGGAGGCCUAUGACGUGAUGUGGCCUCAGAUAUCGGCCUGACCCAUUGCUGUUUGUGGUUUACAUCGAUGAUUUGGACGAGAAUGAAGGCAUAAUUAUUAGUAAAUUUGUAGAUGGCACUAGAUAGCGAAGAUAGUUAUCAAAAAUUACACCAGGAUCUUGAUCAGUUGGGCAUGGUUAAAUGACUUUAAUGCAGGUAAUUGCGAGGUGUUGCAUUCAGGGAAAUAAAAUCAGGACACGAUCUUCACAGUGAAUAGCAGUGCCCGGGAGGGGGUUACCGUAGAGCAGAUGGAUCUAGGAAUGCAGGAACAACGUUUCUUGAAAGUGAUGUCCAAGGCAGAUAGGUUGGUCAAGGUAGCUUUCGGUAUACAGACCUUCAAUCAUCAGGGUACUGAGCAUUGAAGUGGGAAUGUUAUGUUACAAUUGUACACAGCAUUGAUGAGGCCGCAUAUGGAGUAUUGUGUUCACUUUUGGUCACCCUGUUCUAGAAAGAAUGGUGUUAAGAUGGAAAUAAUGCCAAGAUUUACGAGUAUGAUGCCAGGAUUUGAGGCCCCAUGCUUUAAGGAGAGGUUGGGCAGGCUAGGACUUGAGGUAUUGGAGCAUAGGUGGAUGAUGGGUGAUCAUAGAGUGGUGUAUAAGAUCAUGAGGGGAAUAGAUAGGAUUCAAAUUCACUACCUUCAAAGAUUCAAAGAUUCACUACCUUCUGAAUGUAGAACAUUCUUCUCAUCUUAAUCACAAAUAGCCAAACCCCAAUAUUUAGAUUUAGGAUUAUUGCAUGUUAAAUGUAAUAAAGUACAGGAAAAAAGUUUGGUUUUGCAUAUAAAUACAAUCAAGGCACUCAAGUAGAAUGAAGGGAAAGAUACAAAGUGCAAACUUUUCUAGUUCUAAGCAUUGGAGCGCACUAGAUCCGUACACAAAGUUCAAUGUCCACAAUGGGAUAGUGAAUUGGACAGUACCCCAGCUAAUGCAUGGACCGUUUAACCCAGAUAACAGAGGGGAAGAUGCUGUUCCUGAGUCUGGUGAUGCACACUUUAAAGUUUCUGUAGCUUCUGUCCGACGGGGGCGCAAGAAGGAAUGAUUGGAGUGGGACAAGUCUAUGAUUAUGUUAGCUGCUGUUCUAAGGCAGCAUGAAAUGCAGAUGGAAUCAAUGUUGGAAAAUCUGGCCUGUGUGAUGGCCUGGGCUACAUCCUCAACUUUGUGCAAUUUAUUGUGGUCUUGGGCACAGAUGUUGCCAAAGAAAGCUGUGACGCAGCCCCACUUUCUAUGGUGCAGCUAUAGAAGUUUAUAAGAGUAAUUGGAGACAUGCCAAAUUUCCUCAGCCUUCUGUAGAAGCAGAGACAUUGCUGUGACUUUUUAGUUGUCAUCUCAAUGUGGU